AUCUCAAUAUUCUCAUCAGCCUUCCUCCUCUCUUCUUUGAAUUCUGAUAAAAAAGAAAAUAUGGGUAUGAAGUGCUGCUCACUCUCUCUCUCAGUCUCAUGUAAUGCUAGUUUCUGUAAAUUUAGUUGUCAAAAGUGCAUUCCUAGAAGAGAGGCAUGUCUAUGUAAAUCAUGGCUGUGUAAAUCAUGUCUAUGUAAAUCAUGGCUAUGUAGAUCAUGGCUAUGUAAAUCAUGUCUAUGUAAAUCAUGUCUAUGUAAAUGCAAUUGUCAAAAGUGCAUUCCUAGAAAGGAGGCAUGUCUAUGUAGAAAGAAGGCAUGUCUAUGUAAGCUCCAAGAUAAUCUUGUUGCCUUGGAGAAGGCAAAGGAAAAAUUAAUUGAAAGAAGACGCGAUGUGAUGAGGAGUGUCAUCGAUGCUGAACAACAACAAAUGAAACGGCUUGACAGUGUGCACGAAUGGAUUUUACGGGUCGAAGAUGUCGAAACUCGAGUUGAUCAGCUGCUGAUCAGAGAAAGAUCUCAACAAGUUCAGAAAUCAUGUCUUUGCGGCUUUUGUCCCUGGAACUGCUGCUCGAGCUGCAAAUUCGGAAAAGAAGUAGAUAAAAUACUUAAAGAUGUGGUUACAUUAACCAAUGAAGGAGAUUUUAAAGAGGUUGGUGAAAAGAUACCAGAAGCUAAAGUGGGCCUGCAAUCAAUGGUUGAUGAAGUCUGGAGCUCCCUUCAAGAAGAACAGGUGGGCACUAUCGGCCUAUAUGGUCUUGGAGGAGUCGGCAAAACAACUCUGUUAAUCGAGAUCAACAACAAACUCCUUCGUACACCGAAUGAAUUUGAUUUUGUAAUCCGGGUCGUACCGUCGAAAAACAUGCAAAUUGGGAAUAUUCAGGAAGAUAUCGGAAAAAGGAUAGGUUUAUCCGACAGAUCAUGGAAGGAGAAAACUGUCAGAGAGAAAGCUACUGAUAUUUUCAGAAUUUUAAGCAGCAAGAAGUUUGCAUUAUUACUUGAUGAUUUAUGGGAGCGAGUGGAUUUACAAGAGGUUGGGGUCCCUCGUCCGAGUCCUGAAAAUGCAUCAAAGGUGCUUUUCACAACUCGUGAAAUGAAAGUCUGUGGCCUCAUGGGAGUUCAAAAGACGUUUGAGGUGAAGUGUUUGAGUGAUCAGGAAGCUUGGAAACUAUUUCAAAGCAAAGUCGGAAAAGAAACUCUCGACAGCCAUUCUGAUAUUCCUCGACUAGCCGCGACAGUAGCUGAUGAAUGUGCUGGUUUGCCACUCGCACUGAUUACCAUUGGUCGAGCUAUGGCUUUCAAAAGCGAACCCAAGGACUGGAAGUAUGCAAUUCAAGUUCUAAGAAAAUCGGCUUCUAAAUUUCCAGGUAUGGAUGAGAUUUAUUCUUAUCUGAAGUUCAGUUACGAUAGUUUGCCUAAUGACAUGAUUAGAUCUUGUCUCUUAUACUGUAGUUUAUUUCCCCAAGACUACAGUAUUUCGAAAAGAGACUUGAUAGAUUAUUGGAUCGGCGAGGGAUUUGUAAAUGAAUAUAACAGAGAUGAAGCACUGAACAAAGGAUAUUAUAUUAUAGGUUUUCUUCUUCACACAUGUUUGUUGGAAGAAGAAGAAGACAACUCUCACGUAAAAAUGCAUGAUGUGGUUCGUGAUAUGAGUAUGUGGAUAGCAAGCGAAAUCGAGAAAGAGAAGGAAAAAUUUUUGAUCCAUGCAGGAGAUGGAUUGUCCAGUAUUCCAGAUAUUGGCAAAUGGGAAGAAAUGAGAAGGAUAUCCUACAUGAACAAUCAGAUUACCGCUACUCCUGGUGGUAACCCGAAAUGCCCUUAUCUCGAAACUUUGUUUCUUAACGAUAAUUCUCUUCUGAUACUGAACAAUUCUCUUUUCAUCGAUAAGCCUAAUCUCAAAGUUCUAAACCUGUCAUAUAAUCAUUCCUUGAAAAGAUUACCUGAGAGAUGUUUUUCAGAUUUAUUUUUUUUGCAACAUCUUGAUCUCUCAGCGACGGGCAUCGAAAUUUUACCAGAAGAUUUGAAGGCUUUAGUAAACCUUAAAUACCUGAACUUAGAGCGUACAUAUUUUCUCCGUAAAAUACCUCGAGAAUCGUUCUCUUGUCUUUUGAUGUUACAAGUAUUGAGAAUGUUCAAAUGUGGUUAUUUAUGUGAAGCUCCGGUAGACAGCAUUCUGUUCGGUGGCGGUGAAUAUUUGGUGGAGGAAUUGUUCAGAUUGAAGGAUUUAAAUGUAUUGAGCAUCACGCUAAAAAGUUUCCAUGCUUUCGAGAGAUUUCUGAGCUCCAAUAAGUUAGAGAAUUGUACCGAAUCUCUAUGCCUUCAGGAGUUAGACGAUUCGUCAAAAUCGCUCGAUGUGUUACGUUUGGCACAUAUGGAGCGUCUUGAAACACUUCAUAUUGUUGAGUGUAAACAUUUGGAAGAGAUGAAGAUCGAUGUUCCAGGCGAAGUUCAACAUCUACGAGAAACUCAUUUCCAGGGUCUUCAUGUGGUGAAGAUAAAAUUUUGCCAAAAACUGAAGGACUUGACAUGGCUGAUUCUUGCUCCAAACCUGAAGAGUGUUUCGGUAUCAAACUGCUUUGAUAUCGAAGAACUAAUCGGUGUUGCGAAAUGGAGUGAAGUCUCAGAGAUGAUCGAAAACCUGAACGUUUUUGAAAAUCUUGAAACUCUUCGAUUAGAAAAUCUACCAAAUUUGAAGAGCAUUUAUAGGAAUGCUUUGCCUUUCCCGCAUUUAAACCAAAUGGUUAUACGUAGCUGUCCAAACGUCAAGAGGCUUCCAUUGGAUUCCAACAGUGCAAAGGCACGGAAAAUUGUGAUAAAGGGUGAGAAAGAGUGGUGGAAAGAGCUGCGAUGGGAGGAUAAAGCCACUGAAAAUGCUUUCCGUUCCUCUUUCAUAUCUCAUCGAUGAUGAUUUCUUGUAUUUUUUGCUUGGUGCUUUCUGUGUGGUUGGUAUUGUUAUUGCAUUUUUUUCCUUCUCCUGGUGUGUAAUGUUUAUGUUAAAGAGUGAACUAUUGUCAUUUAUACUAUAUACAGUUGUGUUUGUU